UGUCAGGUAGUUGCCUACAACACGCUUUUCUCCCUGAAACGGGAAACCGAGAUCCGGUUGGCCUCCGCGAACGCGGACCUUCAGUGGGCACAUGGAGGUGGAGAACGUUCGGUGUGGGCUAGCCACGGUCAGCCAGCAGCAUGACUACCUUUCGGUAGAGUGCGGCCAGAUACUUGUGGAGGUGGCCCGUCGGCUAGAGGAGAGGCAAGGGCUCGAGACUGGCCACCAGGAGGAGAUACGGGCGCUCGAGAUGGGCCACCAGGAGGAGAGGCGGGUGCUCGAGGCAGCCCACCAGGCCGAGAUGGAAUGCCUCAGCCAAGCCCAUAGACAAGCGUUGGCGGACAAGGAGGCGGUAUUGGCGAGGACCCUCGAGGAGGCUUGCACGGCGAGGGAGGGGUACGAGAAGCGAGCAUGCGCCUGGUCCAUGAAGGAGCAGGGCAUGUUGCAAGAUGCGCAUGAGCUCAACGAGCUCCUCAGUCGGGUCUUUCCGAAGAUGCAGGAGUUGGCGUCUGGGGCCGUGGAGGCUAACCGAGAGGAGCAGCAUGCCGAGGGAGUCCCUAUUGGGAAGCUUACCAGCUGGACCAUGGAGGAGGUUGGCAUCUGCACUCAGGCCCGUCUGAAAAAGCUGGCGGCCAACAUGCACCUGGUCUAGAACAUUGGCCUGGGCAUGAUCCGGAACCUCUGGCUAGACGUGAUAUGACCCGAGACCAUGCUUCGGCUGGCCAGGUGGCUCGAGGCUGGGCCAACGCGCGUCAAUUCCUGGAUUGCUUCGGCUACGCGAGCUAGAGCAGAGAUGGCGCUCAGCGUCGUGAUGUCUUGGCACCCAGGCUUGGAUCUGGGGCUGUUGGCCGCCCGCCGGGAAGACACGGAGGUGGAUCUGGCAACGACCGCCAAGCCCUGAGUGGCCCAGGCAAGGGGGCCUUCGUUGUAUGCUGAGAGGGGCGUGUAUGUCCUGGAGCGGGACGUUGCUAGAGCGUCGAUGCCAGAGGAUGAUUAUGGGUGGCCCUUGGUGACCUAGAAGGUAUUUCGGGCGGUACGGCGGUGAGAAGAACGGCUCCACAAUCGGCGCGUACACUAACACCGAGGAGGCGGACAGUUGUGCUACUGUAGGAGCAGACGGCGCCUCCACCAGCUAGAUCUGUAUUCCUUCCCGAUUUUAGUUAAUACCAUUAGUCACCCACCUGGGUGUAAAUCUUUGUUUGUGCAAAAAUUCUGUGGAUGUGGGCCUGCCAUUUUAUUGUAAUAUAUGGAUGUAUUUUUCUUUGAUCAA